AUGAUGUGGUGGAUUUCUCUGCUCUGUUUUAUACCGACAAAUAAUGCAUUAAACACAAUGAUUAUUCAUCAUGGAGCUCUUAUGACAUGUAUUGACACAGAAUUUGCACAGAAGGAGACGUGGAAGGAUUGUGUUACUUCGUGUGCUCAAAAUGAUACAUGUGUGAUUGCUCAAGCAAAUCUUACAACGCCGAAUGAAUGUCAACUGUGCAGUAUUCAAAAUCUUAUGCAUAUUCAGAAAAGGUUCCGUGGAAACAUGAUAAUCGCGUUAAAAACAGUUUCACUUGACCCGAUAACUGAAAGCAUGUGUACUCCUUUUGAACUAGGAACUAUCAAUGGGCAUUUCAACAAUACUUCCAACUUGACGCAAUAUGAAUAUUCAACACAACUUUCUGAGGAUGGAAAUGUUUUGAAUUUUUCCUACAGUGCUAUGAAGAGUUGUCCUCCUCAAUGGGAGCACUUUGACAGGGCCCGUGGCAGCUGGUGUAUUAAAGUUAUCAGACAAGAUGGUACUCAUGUUGAAGCAAGUAAGGCAUGUAACGAAUAUAAUGCCGCUUUGACUGGACUGGAAACAGAAAAUGAAACUUAUCAUAUUUGGAAGACUGCCUACAGUCUUGUAGAAAGAUAUCCCUCUCAACCAAAGAUUACCGAGCGAAUAUGGAUAGACGGUGUCAGAAAAGUAACAUGUCAAGAAAAGCUAACUUUUAAUACAAAGGAGGGAUGUGUAAGUUUCGACGGGUUUGAUUUCGAGGACAAGUUUCUAUUGGAAAAACAAGGAUACACUUGGGAACAACACAAUCCAGAUAGGUUAGGCCCAGACUCCGGUCCUCACCAGGACUGUCUUGCAUUGUGGAUUACAGCAAAUAAUCGAACUAUCGAUGAUGAAAUGUGUUCAAAAGUACUCGACGACGCCCCAGUUAAAGGAUUCGCUUGUGGAAAAGAAGCUGGCUAA